AGUACCCUGUGCACGAAGUCGAUUAUCGUUGUUGCUAGUCAUCAUUACUGUGUUCCUAUUUUGUGUCUCUGUGCUCGUUUACGUGCCUACAUAUUUUCCUGCUGCUCUUCCUUGCCGACUGAAAGGUUAAAAAUGCGUGUGAUCGUGGCUUUGAUGUGUGCGUUGCUGACCCUUGCGGUUGUCAGCGCACAGGAGGUAAAGCACGUCUCGCUGAGGCGUGCCAUGAACGCCGCCACCGCGCACUCGCUUGGCAUGCCGCUUAUCCCCACGCGCCGCUUCAUGGGCCCGCAGGGCGAGGUGGUCAUCCACGACUACCUCGGUGUGCAGUUCUACGGUGCCAUCUCCCUCGGCACCCCGCCGCAGGAGUUCCAGGUGAUCUACGACACCGGCAGCAGCAACCUGUGGGUCCCGGCGCACAACUGCUCCAUUUCGUGCCUCCUGAAGAAGCGUUACCAGCCGACUUCGAGCUCCACGAACCGGCCCGACGGCCGCGAGUUCAAAAUCAUGUACGGCAGCGGCCCGGUUGGCGGGUACAUCAUCGCCGACACCGUCACGGUCGGCGGCUUCUCAGGUCCGCAGGGAUUCGCCGGCAUCACGGACGCCUCCGGUCUCGGACUGGCCUACGCGCUGUCGAAGUGGGACGGUAUCUGCGGCAUGGCGUGGCCGAGCAUCUCCGUCGACGGGAUUGAGCCGCCGAUGUUCUCGAUUGCCAAGUCGAACCCCGGCUUUGCGAACAAGUUCGCCUUUUACCUCCCGCAAAACAACAACGACGAAGGCGAUCUCGUUCUUGGCGGCUACGACCCGAACCAUGUCGACGGUGAGCUGGUCCGCGUCGAUCUUUCGACCAAGACAUACUGGACGGUGGACAUGACCAGCGCCACCAUCGGCAGCCAGAACAUCAGCGCCGCCGUCACUGUGAUUGUGGACUCGGGCACAUCGAUGAUGACGGUGCCCAAGGCGCUUCACCCCACCAUAAUUGCCAUGCUGAACGCCAAGGCGGCGUUCAACGGGCAGUACUCGGUGGAGUGCUCCGCCGUACCGAGCCUGCCGGACAUCACCCUCACGAUUGGCGGUAAGCAAUGGGUGCUGCGCGGCAAGGACUACAUCAUCGGCGACGAGUCGACGUGCAUUGUCGGCAUCAUGGGGCUGGAUUUGCCAGGCCCGAUCGGACCUGCGUGGAUUCUGGGCGAUGUCUUCAUGAAGCGCGUUUACACCGUCUUUGAUGCCGACGAUGCCUCGCUCAGCUUUGCUUACUCAAAGUGA